CUAUAGUGAUAUCAAUAGUAUUUUUAAGAAAUCCAUUUGUGUUUUAUAGACCUCAUUGUGCCGGUGAUUUUGGUAUGCCAGCACUUAAUGCUACAUUAGAUACUCUUGGACAAUUGGAAUCGGGUAAAAGUGAUAGUUCAUCAUAUAGCACGACAGAUAGUUUAAAUUUUACGGGAAAAUAUCGAUUCGGUGAAGAUUUAUUGGUUGAUCUUGGAUAUUAUGAGUUACCACCACCUUCCACUUCAUCUCCUCCUUCCACCACAUUAAUUGAUAGUUCCAUCACCCCCACUAAUAUUGUUAAUACUGAUUCACAAUCAUCAUUAAAAACAACUUCAAUAUCACAACUUCCCUUUCAUCAUAAAAAUUUAUGGUUGGGUAAAUGGACUGGCAAAAAUAAUUGUACAAGUUACUUGGAUUUUUUGAAUAAUAAACAACAAGUACAAGAACUUGCUAUCAGAGAAUCAUUCCAACUAAACCUGAAAAAAAUCACAGAGAAUCUCGCUAACAAUACCAAUAGCUACAGUAAUGACACUUCCUCUCCCGAAUCACCGUUGUCUCGAUAUCUAUUACAACAAAAAACUUUCUUUGGUUGUGAUAUUGGUACUCAAG